GGGCACCUCGCUUCUUGUCGAGUGAGUCGUGCGCCGCGCCGGCACACUCCGCUCGCGUUUAUCCAUUCAUUGUACCGCCCGGCCGUAAAUAAAGCUGGAAUUGGCACUCACAUUUGUAAAGAAUCUUGUCAUUUUGGCAACGUCGGAGGGGGACUGUAAGAGCCACCGAGAGCGAUACGUUCGGGAGAGCCGGGAGAGCAGCCAUGCCCUCUGUGAUGGAGCGCUCCGGGGCCGGGGUCUUGUCCAGAAGCAGAGCCAAGACUGUAACCAACGGCAACAGCCAACCGCAUUCCGAGGAGGAGAGCAGCGAUGAGGAACAUGCUCAUGACAGCAUGAUCCGAGUGGGAGGAGACUACCAGGCCCAGAUCCCGGAGUUCAAACCAGACAACCAAGUCCGUUACAACGAAAAGGACCAGAGGAGCAUGUUGGUCUGGUGUCCCAACAGUCUGCUGUCAGAAGCAAUGUUGGACGAGUACAUACUGAUGGCUAAAGAGAAACAUGGCUACAAUAUGGAGCAGGCUCUGGGCAUGCUGCUGUGGCAUAAGCAUGACGUGGAGCGCUCGCUGGCCGACUUGGCCAACUUCACUCCCUUCCCGGACGAAUGGACGGUGGAGGACAAAGUGCUGUUCGAACAGGCCUUUAGUUUCCAUGGCAAGAGUUUCCACCGCAUUCAACAGAUGCUUCCAGAAAAGCAGAUCUCCGGCCUGGUCAAGUACUACUACGGCUGGAAGAAGACCAGAACGAGGACCUCGGUGAUGGACCGCCAAGCCAGGAGGCUGGUCAGCAAGAGGGAGAAAGAUGACAGCAAUGACGAGCUGGAGGAGGGAGAUCCUGGUAGCGAGAGUGACUUUGAUGCUGAAGCCAAGAAAGAGGCCGCCAAACAAAACCCCAAUAUCGCCACCUCAGACAAGGUAAUUCCCGGUCGCUCGGGCCCCAUCAAGAAGGAGAACAUCGGGGCGCAGUACCGCCACCACCCGCUACGAGCCCGCCGUCGGCCUCCUAAGGGCAUGCACUUGGAUCAGGCCGACAUCACAUCUCUGUCUGUCUCACAAGACUCUGGUGUCGUGACAAUAAGGCAGCUGGACACGCAGCUGGUGUCCCUCAAGCGACAGGUCCAAAAUAUUAAACAGAACAACAGUAGUUUGAAACACAGUCUGAAUGAAGGUGUGGACUCUUUAAAACCUACUGAGCUCACCCCCAAGGUAAACUCUCGCUGGACCACAGAGGAGCAGCUGCUGGCUGUGCAGGCGAUCCGUCGCUAUGGCAAAGACUUCACAGCCAUUGCCGAGGUGAUUGGAAACAAGACGUCCGCUCAAGUGAGCUCGUUCUUCGUGAGCUACCGCCGCAGGUUCAACCUAGACGAGGUGCUGAGGGAGUGGGCCGCCGAGCAGGUAGCCACACGAGACCUCAGGAGGAGCAGUGAGGAGAUAGCAGCUGCCACAGAUGGUGUAGCGGAGGAGGGAGAGGUCAAGAUGGAGGACUCUUCUCCGGAUGCUGCCGGAAGCUCGUCCCCCCCUUCCUCAACGCAGACACCCUCCUCCUUAUCCCAGCCUCCUCCGUUGCUCCGCCCUGCGCCUCCCUCGGCUCCGCCCAGCCUCCUUCGCCAGCCGCCACCACUACAGACUCGCCCGCUCCAAAACCGCGCGCCUCACAACCACCCCCCGCCGCCGCUAAUCCGGCCCGCCUUCACCACCUCCUCUCCUGGGAGUUCGGGUCUUAGGAGUUCUCCUCCCAGCGCCUCGGUCGGAGUGCAGAUGCCGCCGUCGCUGGUGGGCAUCAAGGUGGAGCAGACCAACUCUCACUGAGACACACACGCCACGUCCUGAUCCUCAAUGUCAGCGUCUAACAAGUGUGUGUAUCGUAGCUGCUGCACUGUCACACCUACCUCUCGCCAGUCAUCCAACACACACUAAUCGCUUAAAGGUCCAACCCAUCACACCUGCAACCCCUAUCAAAGAGACACUGGAUUGUCAGGCUUCAUAGGAAUAGUGCACCACAUCCGCCUCAUCCUGCAUUCAGUGCAUUCAGGACGAUGCACUGAUUCCCAUUUGUUGUUUAACAGCCUUCAGGGAAUACAAAGUCGAAAAGCAUCGGGUUCAAACCUGUUAAAUGUUGAGUUUGAACAAUAAGGUAACUGGUGUUUUGCUUUAAAACUUAGAAAUAAACAAGCAGGCUUUGCUACACAUUAAAAGCAAGAAAAGAAAAAAAGAUGAGCAUAGCCAUGCGUUACACUUGUAUGAACUGGAGUAUUUUUUCCCCACUAGAUUUUUAAGCUAUAGAGUAGAUCAAGUAGAUUGUUGUUGUUAUAAUUAUUAUUAUUAACUGAGCACUAAAGAGCCUUUUGUGUGUGAAUUGUGAGUGUUCUUACCUCCUUCAACUCAUGGGACGUUUUUUGUUUUUUUAAAUUAAAUCAUUCAGCCAAAGUCAAUUGUUGCUUUAAAAUCACAAAUAAGGAAAUACGUAGUGUUUGACGGAACUUAUGGCAGCUGCUUAUUGUUUUGAUACAGAAAAUAUAUUUAAAAAUGCUUUUUUCCCCCAAAUUACGGUGAAUCUGCUGUUUUAGGAUUUAGCUGUCCAAUGCUACUGGGAUAAACAGUCAAUUUUUUCUUUUCACCUUUUGGCUUUUAUGUUUAUAUUAUUUUCUCUUAUGUGCUUUAUGUAAGAGGUUUUUUUGGAUGUUUCUGUUUGUAUUUCUAGAAUAAAGAAAUGACCACA